AUGCAGGUAGAUAGAUUAGGAGACCAUGCCGGAAAUCUUCCGGUUCCGACAGCCCCUGGACAUCCCGGUCCAAUCCCAGCUUCGGGAAUUCCCAACAUUCAACCUCAUCAUAUUCUUCAUCAUCAGCAUCGGUAUCUCUCUCGAAUUCCCUCCACUCCUAUACAAGGACAGUGGACUUCCGGUCUUUGCCAUUGUUUCGACGACCCUAUAAACUGUGCGAUUACUUGUGUAUGUCCUUGUAUCACUUUCGGACAAAUAACCGAGAUCAUCAACCGGGGAUCCAAAUCUUGUGUUUCAAGGGGGGUGUUGUUUGGGAUGCUGGCGAUGGUGGGGUGUGCAUGUUUCUAUUCAUGUUUCUAUCGGUCAAAGCUAAGGGGACAAUACGAUUUGCCGGAGGAACCUUGUACCGACUGCUUGGUUCACUCCUGCUGUGCCUCUUGUGCUCUCUGCCAAGAGUAUCGAGAGCUCAAGAACCGUGGCUUUGACAUGGGCAUUGGUUGGGAAGCCAACAUGGACAGACAAAAGAGAGGAGUUACAAUGGCUCCAAUUGUGGUUCCUGGGAUGGCAAGAUAACCCCAUGAUUGCUGUUGCCUCUUGUAUGAUGCCAUUCUCUUGUUGAUUGCUGCAUAUGUGUAUAUGUUUUGUGUAUGGUAUUAGUGGGUGCUUGAAUGUUGUCUACAAUGAUAUUUGCAAUAAUCCUUUUGGAAAUAAUCUAAGGGGAAAAA